CUUACACACGUGCGUUGUUUCUGUAAAACCAUGAUGACCCAUUUCCCUCGGAUUUUGUACUUAAAUUUUUCGCCCGAAUUUUGCGAUAAUGCACUGUUUCGCAAUAUCGUACAGGAGAGAAAAUCAACGGCAGUACGAGCUAAAAGCAGCCACGGAGUCUGACUGCAAAACGUGGAUCGAUGCUAUACGCGAUGCCAGUUUCAACAAAUUGCUGUUGCAAAAGGAAGAGCUCGAGCAGAAGCACUUGCACCUGUUGCAGAUCGUGGAGAGCGAGAAGACGGCUAAGUGGCAAUACACACAGCAAUGCGAGGAGCUUGCUUCGGAAAUAAAGAAGCUCCGGGCAGAAUUGUGCGCCCUGAAGAAAGAACUGAGGCCAGUAGCGGCACCGUACGCAACGAGACCGGGUGUUCAAAGGACCAUGUCCCAGGGCACCGGAAGUUUGCACAUCACAGGUUCUCCGUUCGGUAUGGACGGGCACGGUACAGGAGUUUCCGGAUUUGGGCUACGAGAUGUCAGCGAGGGCUCCAUUGAAAUGCAGAAAAUUAAGAAAGUUCAGAGCUUCUUCAGGGGCUGGCUGUGCCGUAGGCGUUGGAAACAAAUUGUGGAACAGUAUAUCAAAAGCCCUCACGCGGAGAGCAUGCGGAAACGGAACAGCUUAGUAUUUCAAAUGGUGGAAGCUGAAGAGGAGUACACGGAACAAAUGGAAAUCUUAGUAAGCUGUUUCUUGAGGCCUUUCAAGAUGGCUGCCAGUUCAAAGAAACCCCCUUGUAGUCACGAGGACGUGAAUAGCAUAUUCUUAAAUAGCGAAACCGUGUUGUUUCUCCAUCAAAUCUUCCUGAAAGGUCUUACUUCGCGUAUGGAAAGCUGGCCCACUUUAGUUUUAGGUGAUUUAUUUGACAUGUUAUUACCAAUGUUGUCAAUUUAUCAAGAGUACGUGAGGAAUCAUCAUUAUAGUCUUCAGGUGUUAACCGAAUGCAAGCAAUCAUCACCCUCGUUUGCUGCAUUGCUCACUCGAUUGGAGAACAAGAAUGCUUGUGGAGGUCGUUCUCUAGAGACUUUCCUAACAUAUCCUAUGCAUCAGAUUCCGAGGUACAUUAUUACACUGCACGAGCUGUUGGCGCACACUCCAUACGACCAUGUUGAAAGAAAAAGUUUGCAAAAUGCGAGGCAACAACUGGAGGAUUUAUCGAGACAAAUGCAUGAUGAGGUCAGCGAGACGGAGAAUUUACGAAAAAACCUGGCCGUGGAGCGAAUGAUCGUGGAGGGUUGCGACAUUUUACUCGAUGUUAAUCAAGUAUUCGUGCGACAGGGUGCUCUUAUUCAGAUCUUAGAUAAGCCAAAAGGAGCUCGAAGUAGAUUGAGCGCGACGUUCGGCGGUAAAGGAAGCGGCGAUAAAGAAGCAGUGAGACAGUGCUUCCUUUUCUCGAAUCAUUUGUUACUAACGACACGUCAAUCAGAUGACGACGGUCGUUUGAAUCUGGUUCCACAAAUAGGAAAAAUACCAUUGUCGGAUGCGGUGUUAGUGGAGGAUCCCAACGACCAGAAUACUGCGGAUGAUGACGAACUGUCAGUAUGUUCGAUGUCCAGCGGUAUCAGCGAGAGCAGCGGAAGUGGUAGCGGAAGUACCAACACACAGCUACAAAACCGUGAUUUUAAGAUUAUACUUGAUCUAAAAUCUGGUGGACCUCAGGUGACGGUGCACCUUGUUGCUCCUACAAUUCAGGAAAAGGCCGCCUGGAUCAGCGACAUUAGCCAGUGUAUAGACAACGUACACUUCAACGACUUGCUUCGUGGCUCGUUGUCGGACACCAGUUCCGUCACGAUGCCUCAAUCGAUCAAAAACGACCCAAAGCUGUUUAAAGAUGACGUUGAUAUCAGAUUUAGCAGGACCUUGAAUUCCUGCAAGGUCCCGCAGAUUCGAUCGGCUACACCUGAACGCCUACUUCAGCGUCUGACGGAUCUGCGAUUUCUCAGUAUCGAUUUUCUCAACACGUUUUUGUUAACGUAUCGAGUGUUCACCGAUGGAGUAACCGUGUUGGAAGCCUUGAAGAAAGUGUUCUACGAAGCUGAACCACCGGAUUCGGAAAUUCCGACGGGUUCUCUUGUAUCACUGGAUGUACUGGGUGCAGGUACAACAGAAUCGCAGCUGCAUGUCGAUGAUCGAAGAAGAAGUAGUAUCUCACCACGAAGAACUAGUGGAGCUAGUUCUGUUUCUGGUUAUGGAUCGGAAAUCAGCGACAGUCGCGACGCAAAAUGUCACAGUUCCUGCGAAUCCGGUGGUUAUACACUCAAUUCGAAAGGUUAUUGGCGAGGUGGAUACCAGAAAGUGGACGAGGAACAACCCUUGGGCAUGACCACAGUAGCUCCUUCCAUCAUAAAACGUAGUCCCACCAUUCAAUCUUCCACUGCGUCCAUUGGUUCUCAGUCUUCGGCAACACCUCACAAAAUCAGUAUCCGCGUGGACAAAGAAAAGAAGGAAGAAGAUGAUGGAUGUCAUUUGACCAUACCGAAAGUAAUAGCUGUUUCCUCGAGCGCUGAAACUCUUACGGAUAACACUGUAGUGAGUGCACCAUCCUCCCCGAGUAAUUUGAGUUCCGUGACCUUAGUUGGAUCCACGGGAUCAGGAUCGGGUUCUGGAUCUGAUCGAAGUCCACAAGAUGGAGUCACAUACUCGCGAGGCGCAUCCGAAGAAACUGAUACACCUGUUGCAACGGAAGCUCCAAAAGAUGUUGGCGAUCUCAGUUGCGAAGACUCCGAGCCCGAAACCCCAAAACUGUCGAAAGAAAAUAAAACUCCGCAAACACCGCCAACUCCCCGAGAAAAGCAACCCGAAACAAGCGAGAAAGAAACGAGCAAACAAGAAAAAGAGAAACAAUCUGCUACGGAAAGUGAUACAAGCAGCUUGAUCGUGCAGAUGCAAUCAUCUCAACAGUCUCAGCAAAAACAAUUCCAUCAUUAUGAACACAGAGCGUCGAUUGCAUCUGCUCCUGCGGCUACUGCGAGAAGCAGCUCCAUCUCUACUAUUACUGGAAACUACUGGGCCAGCAGACGAUCGAUUCAAGAAACCGAAUUGUCCUCCCAAGGGAAUUUCCAGCACGAUCAAGCGUCCAGCAAAGCUGGAGUAGUGAUAACCAGUUUCCGGCAAAGUCAACGAAGGAGCAGUACAUCCACGGCUGCAACUGCAUUUGCAAUUGCAACAUCUGCGUCAAGCAACCCUCCAGACAAAGGGAUGGAUGGAAACAAUCGCAGCGGUUCUUGUCGAGACAAAAACAGACGGAAGGAAUCAGUCAUGUCAACUGCAGCUACAAUGCGAGUGUUAAAUGUUUUGAGGCACUGGGUCUCGAAACACGCUCAAGACUUCGAGUCCGAUCAGAAAUUGAAGAAUCUGACGAUCGAGUUCUUGGAGGAUAUCAUUUACUGCCCUAAUUUGCUACCCGCCGAGCACAAAGCUGCGAGCCAACUUCUCAGGCUGAUUACUAAAGAAGAACCAGAAAGCAACAAAGUGGAUCUUAAGAAACUGUUGACUCCACCGACUGUGCAGACUAAAGAAAGUAUCGAAACAUUAUCCGCAUUGGAAAUUGCUGAACAGAUGACAUAUUUGGAUCACAAGAUUUUCGUUUCCAUUUCCAGCGAAGAAUUUCUUGGCCAAGCCUGGAUGAAAACUGACAAGGCGGUUCGUGCUCCUCAUAUAUUGCUUAUGACGAAAAGAUUUAACGAAGUGUCGCAAUUGGUGGUUUCGGAAAUUGUUCGACGUUCCAAUAUGUCGGCGAGGGUUGCAGCUAUCGAAAAAUGGACGGCGGUUGCUGAUAUUAGCAGGGUUCUCCAUAACUAUAACGGAGUUCUUCAAAUUUGUGCAGCCUUCACUAACAGCAGUGUCUUCAGAUUGAAAAAGACGUGGGAGAAAGUUUCUAAAACGACGAAGCAGACAAUCGAAAGACUUCAAACGAUCGUUUCAUCGGACGGACGUUUCAGAAAUUUAAGAGACGCUCUGCAUCGAUGCGACCCACCCUGCAUCCCUUAUUUAGGAUUAUACCUAACCGAUCUUUCUUUUAUAGAAGAGGGUACACCAACUAUGACUGAGGACGGCCUUUUGAACUUUUCAAAAAUGCGAAUGAUCGCCCACGUGAUCCGCGAGAUACGGCACUUCCAGCAAACACCGUACAAGAUCGAAUUAAUAACAAAGGUAACGAACUAUCUGCUGGAUCCGUCGUUGCUCCUGAACGACAAAGAUCUGUACCGCAUGUCCUUGGAGAUCGAGCCAAGGACAUCCAGGCUAAGUAGUUCAGCAUUGAUUAAUUUGCCACCCUCCGUAAGCAACACGUCAACAAAGUGA